GUGGCUAUCAAGUCGAUCCGGAAAGACAAAAUCAAGGAUGAGCAGGACCUUGUCCAUAUCCGGAGAGAGAUUGAGAUCAUGUCCUCCCUCAACCACCCCCACAUCAUCGCCGUCCACGAAGUGUUUGAAAACAGCAGCAAGAUCGUCAUCGUGAUGGAGUACGCCAGCAAAGGGGACCUCUACAAUGGGAUCGUUCACAGAGACCUGAAGCUGGAGAACAUCCUUCUCGAUGCAAACGGGAACAUCAAGAUCGCAGACUUUGGCCUGUCCAACGUCUACCAGCAGGACAAACUUCUGCAGACUUACUGUGGCAGCCCUCUCUAUGCAUCCCCCGAAAUCAUCAACGGGAGGCCGUACAAGGGCCCAGAGGUGGACAGCUGGUCCCUGGGUGUUCUCCUCUACAUCCUGGUCCAUGGCACGAUGCCGUUUGAUGGCCACGACUACAAGACUCUGGUCAAGCAGAUCACGAGCGGGGACUACCGGGAGCCCACGAAGCUGUCAGAUGCCUGCGGGCUGAUCCGGUGGAUGCUGAUGGUGAACCCGGAGCGCCGUGCCACCAUCGAGGACAUCGCCACGCACUGGUGGGUGAACUGGGGCUACAAAGUGCCCAUCGGGGAGCAAGAGCUGCUGCGGGAGAGUGAGUCCCCCCUGGCCACGGUGGCAGAGUGGCUUCGCCGCUCCUCCCGGCCCCUCCUGGAGAACAGCUCCAAGGUGCGAUGCUUCUUGAAGCAACACAUCCCCGGCGUGGCCCUGGAGCGGCAGCGCUCCCUCAAGAAGUCCAAGAAGGAGAAUGACGUCUCCCACGUGCUGCAGGAGGUGGCCCUGGCCCCGGAGAACCCCUCCAAGUCCAUCCUCAAGCGGCCCAAGGGCAUCCUGAAGAAGAGAAACUCCUGUGAGCAGAAGGUGCCUGGCCUCGGCCCCCCACCAGCAGCGCCCGUGGGAGAGGCCAGGGGUGAGGAUGGCGAGGUGGCCGCUGCAGGUCUCACCCGGAUCCUGUCCUCCGGGGUGCUGCCUGGCAGCACGGGCAUUGGAGCGGUGCCCACGGUCAUGCCCAAGAAGGGAAUACUGAAAAAGCCCUCGACGAGGGAGUCGGGGUAUUACUCAUCCCUGGAGUGCUGUGAGUCCGGGGAUGUCCUGGACGCGGGGAGCUUGGACCUCGAUGGGAGUGUUUUUGCUGACACCCCCUCCCCAGAGCAGGGUCCCCAGGGUCUCCCUGCCCGCAGGAAAGGCAUCCUCAAGCACAACGGCAAGUACUCCUCUAGCAGCACCGAGCCGGAGAGUCCCCCCGGGCAGGGUUUCGGGGGCUUCGGCGAGUUGGCGGGCUGCGUCUCUGCCGACAGCCUCCUCCGGCUGGAAGAGGAGGAGGAGGUGGAGGAAGGGCGCAGGCUGCGCCGCUGGACUGUGACCCAUUGCCGGAGCCCCCUGGGAGAGAGCAGCUUGUCCCUGGCGGGCUGUGACAAUGUCACCGAGGUCUACCGGCGUGCCGUGGCCAUCAGCAUGAAGCUGAGCUGA